UCCGAGAGGAAGUCUCUCGCCGUAAUGGCGCCGCCCAUGGAGAAGUCAAGAAAAAGGUUUAAAAUAUAAUAAGCAGUUUAAAAUAUCUCUGUAUUCACACCCUGCAGAGGGCGCUGCAACUCCGGAAAAGGAAACUGCAUUUUCAUCCGUUCUGUCGGUCGAUCAGUCUGGUCCUCAGCCGCUCCUCACAGUGUUGGACGCGUUUGUCAAAAGGGACAAAUGGCAAAAACCUUGCAUUAAAAUGGCAAGGCGAGGAGAAGAUGCCUCAACCCAAGGUGAAGUUGGUGGUGACAGGAGAUGAUUUUGGGUACUGCGAGAGAAGGAAUCGAGGCAUUGUGGAUUGUUUCAAAGCUGGUGGGAUCUCUAAUGUCUCUCUGUUGGUGAAUGCAGUCUCAGCAAAACAUGCGGCAGACUUGGCCAAAAGGUAUCACCUCCCUAUUGGACUCCAUGCCAAUCUCUCAGAGGGUCUUCCAGUGUCUCAGGAACUGAAGGGCUCAACGCUCCUCAACAAGGAUGGUUUUUUACAUGGCAAAAUGGGCUUCCGGGAGGUUUUGCAGAGCGGUCAGCUCAAGAUGUCAGAGGUGGAGGUGGAGCUCAGGGCUCAGAUAAACCAUUUUUAUGAACUGGUUGGCCACAUGCCCUCUCAUAUGGAUGGUCACCAGCAUGUACACGUCCUGCCAGGAUUUUCUGGUAGAGAGCAGAAUUCAUGUUUCCCUCAAUUAUUGCAAAUCACGCUGGCCCUGAAGCAGCAAAGCAUCCCCAUCACACCACCACGACCAUGCUUGACCGUAGUUCCACUUUCGACUCAUCAGUCCACAGAACAUUCUCCCAAAAGUUGAGGAUCAUCAAGGUGUGUUUUGGCAAAAUUCAGACAAGUAUUAAUGUUCUUCUGGGUGAGCAGUGGCUUUCUCCUCGCCACACUUCCAUGGAUGGCAUUUUUGGCCAGUGUCUUUCUGAUAGUGGAGUCAUGAACAAUGACCUUUAUUGAUGAAAGAGAGGCCUGCAGGCCUCCUUGGAUGUUGUCUUUGACUCAUCCAGGAAGUGACAAAAAAAGUCAUUGCUGUACUCAUGGAGGAAUUUUGGAAGCUCUGCCACUUCUGGGAAGGUUCACUACUGUGCCAAAUUUUCUCCAUUUGGAGAUAAUGGCUCUCACUGUGGUUCUUUGGUGUCCCAGAGCCUUUGAAAUAGCUUUGUAACCCUUCCCAGACUGAUGUACUUCAAUCACCUUUUCCCUCAUCAUUUCUGGAAUUUCUUUUGACCUUGGCAUAGUGUGCCACUUGGCAUAGUAGCCAACUCCAUGCUGCUGAAAAAGUUAUAUUUAGGUGUUGAUUUGAUUGAACAGGGCUGGCAAUAAUCAGACCUGGAUGUGUCCAGCUGAACCCCAUUAUGAAUGCAGUUUCAUAGAUUUGGGGAUUUAGUAAGUAAGGGGGCAAAUGCUUUUUCACACUGGCCCAGUUGCUAUUGGAUAACUUUUUUGCUUCAAUAAAUAACAUUAUCAUUUAAAAACUGUAUUUUGUGUUUACUCAGAUUGCCUUUGUUUUCUGUUAGAUUUUGUUUGAAUUUCUGAAACAAUUUACUAUGAAAUAUACACAAAAACAGAAUAAAUCAGGAAAGGGGCAAACACUUUUUCACAACACUGCAGAUGGGAAAUCCUUCAAUACGGUUUAAAAAGCAUCCCAGGGUGAUACCUCAAGAAGUUGUUUGAGAAAAUGCCAAGAGUACAUGUCUGCAAAUUCUAGGCAAAGGGUGACUACUUUGAAGAUGCUAAAAUAUAACACAGUUUUGAUUUAUUUUGGAUUUUUUGUCACAAUGCAAUUCCUAUAGUUCCAUUUCUGUUAUUCCAUAGUUUUGAUGACUUUACUAUAAUUCUAAAAUGUGAAGAAAAAAAAUUAUAAUAAUGAAUGCUUGUACACUGUCACUGAUUACACACAUUUUAAAUAUUUUAAAUUAACAUUGUCAGUUUUAAAGUAGUAGUCACUGAUUACAAGGUUCUUAACUAUUCUUUUCAAAAAUACUAAUUUAAUGGUAGUGUGUGCUUAUCCAGUAAAAUAAUGUUAUAACCGUUGCGCUCUAUAGCCUUAAGCUUGAUACAAAUCAACCAGAUUUAUCCAGGUCAUGUUUGGGUCGUCAAGCUGAGCUGAGAAUGGAAAUAAGAGGUGUUGUCUAUUGAUAUAUAUAUAUAUAAACAGAUGUUCAGGUACAAUUUCUACAAAAUAAAAAUGACAAAAAGUGCCCAUUUAAGACUAAGAGUGUUAAUGCACUAAUCAACUGAGCUUUAACAGUCUGACUCAUGUGGAGUUUUCAGGAAUGCUGCAAUAACUG